UCAGGUUUGCUCUGUUUCCGUGACCAUAAAAAGAGUCUGGAACAAGUUCACCUGUAAUAUGAUAAACACUGAAACCACCCACAGCAGCUUAUCCACACACUGAAACUUCUUCAGAAGACAUCCCAGAGAGAGGCUCUACGUAUCGAGUUUACAGAUAAGAUCUACACAUUUAUUUUUAUUUAUUUUUGUUUUCUUCCUUCCUUUUUAUUUGGAAAGAGUUUUGACAGAAGGUUUUCCACACAAAUGGGAACCAAUUGGCUCAUUAUUUGGAGCGUUGCGAUCACUUUAUUUCAGGUCUCCACAGCCGCGACUGUAGAAGAGUCAUCAUGUGUGCCUGGUUUUGAGUCCAAGUUGUUGAUAUUGAAUGUGACCAAAAAGCACCUGACACAUGGCACACUACUGGGCAAAGUUGGCUUCACUGACUGUACAGGCCGCACAAGAUUCCUGUUCAGCUCUGAUGACAGCCGUUUUCUGGUCCGGACAGAUGGGAUGUUAACGGUAAAGAGACGGGUCAUUCUUCAUAAGGGGCACCAACGCUUCUCUAUCCACUCCCUGAAUGCACAAGGUCAGCAGCUGACUCUUCCUGUCAUGGUUUUGUACCAACGGAUUCACCACAGGAACAAUGAACCACUCAGUCACACUGAAAUGAGUUCCACCAAUAACACACAGGUAGGUUUAGAGAUUCAGUUCCCUCAU